AUGGCUGCUCUUUUCGUGUUAUCUGUGAUGCUUUCCAUAUUUUCAAUCUCCGCUCUUCCUCAUUCUCUUAAAAACCCCCCUUCUCAUCAUCAUCAUCAACAACAAUUACUCUUGCAAUUCAAAGUUGCUGCCAUUACCAAAAACAACACCUCUCUACCCGACUGGAAUCCCCUUCACCACUUCUGCAACUGGACUGGUGUUAUUUGUGAUCACUCUUCUCACUCUGUCCGUGAAAUCAAUUUAACGGAAAAGAGUUUAGACGGCACCAUUUCUCCAGUGCUGGGGAAUCUCUCAUCUCUUCGAUCCCUAGAUCUCUCCCACAAUUACCUCACGGGGUUGAUUCCAGCCCAACUCGGCCGACUCCCACAUCUGCGGAAACUCCGGCUGAGCCACAAUUACCUCAGGGGUAGCAUUCCGGCAAUGCUGGGUCAUCUGUCAAGUUUGAAGUACCUUGCCUUGGGCUCAAACAAUCUUAUGGGUGGCAUUCCAAGCUCUUUCGCAAAUAUGUCCGCGCUGGUUGAUUUGGAAUUGGCCGCAAAUGAGCUGACUCGCCCACAGACUAGUUACCUCCCAGAAAACGACUUAACAGGCUUCAUUCCCAGCGUGUUAUUAAAUCUCUCCAAAUUGAACAAAUUAGAUUUAUCUGCAAACCUUCUAACUGGAAGAAUUCCAUUAGAAAUUAGUACGAAGCUCUCCAAUUUGGUAUUCCUUAGUUUAUGGGGAAAUUAUCUUACAGGAAUCAUACCACGAACCCUGGGAAAUUGUUCCCGUCUCCAAGUAUUACUUUUAGAUACAAACGCACUCAGAGGAACGGUUCCAAUGGAGUUGGGUAAUUUGAACCUUCUUACCCGGCUAUACCUACACAGCAAUCAACUUGUUAGUGACAGUAGUAACACAUUGGCCUUUCUCACGGCUCUCACAAAUUGCUCCCACUUGCAAGAAAUAGAAAUGGGAAACAAUGAUUUCACUGGUAUAUUGCCCCCAUCCAUAGGAAAACUAUCUUCAAAUCUCAAUUUCUUGGGUUUAUCAGACAACAUGAUAAGCGGAAGCAUACCACAACAGAUUGUCAAUCUGACAAGCUUAACCUACGUACAUUUAGGCAAUAAUCUUUUCAGCGGCAAUAUUCCAUCUGGAAUUAAUAGAUUUCGGGAGUUGGAAUUUAUGCAAUUGGGUGGGAACAAAUUAGAAGAAAGCAUUCCAAGUGAGAUAGGUCAAAUGCAACAUCUUGGAUACUUAAAUCUUAGUCACAACCAAUUAUCUGGAAAAAUAUCGGAUUCUCUUUGUAGCUCACAGCAGCUAAGACGUCUUUUUCUUCAUCACAACAAUUUAUCAGGGAAGAUCCCUGUUAGUUUGGAGGGAUGUCAGAAGUUGGAGCUCCUUGACUUAUCUCACAAUAAACUUGGGGGAAGCAUACCUCGUGAAGUCAUUGUCAGCCUCAAAAACCUGCAAUUCUACCUCAACCUUUCAUGCAAUUCUCUACGAGGGUCGUUGCCACAGGAGAUGAGUAAAAUUGUGAUGGCUCAAGCCAUAGAUAUAUCGGGAAAUCAACUUACUGGGGUCAUUCCAAUUUCUCUAGGAGACUGCACAGCAUUAGAGCGUCUAAAUCUAUCCCACAACGCCUUUCAAGGUCCAAUACCAUAUUCACUCUCCAAAUUAAAAAAUCUCCAAGAAAUCGAUAUUUCUUUCAAUAAAUUGUCAGGCCAUAUUCCAGUAGCAGGGUUGUUUCCGAAUAGAACUGUUGUAGCAUAUUUUAUGGGGAACCCUGGCCUAUGUGGACCGAAAUGCUAUUCACUGCCUCCAUGCCCAAAUCUGACCCAGGGAAAACAUUCCCUGGCCAAAAAAAUAGUCAUAUCAGUUGUUGGAACCAUUGGAUUUAUAUUAUGCUGCUUCAUUAUAGGCAUCCUAUGGAGGCAUAAACUUUCAAGGCAACUAGUUCGUCCCUCAAGCUUUAUUUUCCGAAGGCUUGGCUAUCAAAAAUUUUCCUAUCAAGAUCUUGUCAUUGCAACGUCUGGAUUUGAUGAGUCAAACUUGCUUGGAGUGGGUAACUUUGGAUCUGUCUACAAAGGCAUCUUGAGGGAUGGUAAGGUAAUUGCCAUCAAGACACUUAAUAUGCAAAAUGAGGAAGCUCUUAAGAGUUUUAAGAGAGAGUGCAAAAUGUUAGGGAGGAUUCGGCACCGGAACCUCGUCGAAAUAAUAAGUGCAUUUUUCUAUCCUGACAUGAAAGGUUUGGUUCUUGAAUUUGCCUGUAAUGGGAGCUUGGAAAAACAAUUGUAUCCUGACAAGGAUAAUCAAGAGCUCCGUAUAUCGCGCUUGAGUGAGUGUUUGAGCAUUGCUGUAGAUGUAGCCCAUGGCAUGGAAUAUUUACAUCAUGAUUGCCCUCUACAAAUUGUGCACUGUGAUUUAAAACCUAGCAAUGUGCUCUUGGAUGCCAACAUGACAGCCCUUGUCACUGAUUUUGGUAUAUCCCGUUUAACUACUACAAAUUCCAUAGAUUCAUUGAGUACAACAACAUUUGCACUCAAAGGAUCCAUUGGCUAUAUUGCUCCAGAGUACGGAUUGGGUGGGAGUGUUUCAACCAGGGGAGAUGUUUAUAGUUAUGGAAUUCUAAUAUUAGAGAUGGUGACAAGGAAGAGGCCAAGUGAUGAAAUGUUUGUGGGAGACAUGAACUUGCAAAGGUUGGUGAGGUUGGCUUUCCCAGACAGAUUGAUAGAUAUUGUUGAUAGUGAGCUGUUGAAAGAUGUAAAUGAAAACAUGGAAGACAACAGAUGUCUUCUUUCUUUUAUCCAUGUUGGUUUGCUUUGCACUGCUGAAUCACCAAGAGAGCGACCUACCACAAGAGAUGUAGCCAAUGCCUUGGAGAACCUCAAGACAUCUUUCAUGGGAGGUGCAGCUGCUUAUAAUUUAACAUCUACCAUAUCAGACCUCCUGCACAAUACUAAUCCCGCAGAAGCAUUGGCAUCUGAUAGUCAAAGUUCUACAUUUUAG